UCCUCAUGUUAUCGGGCACAUACAUGUAGGCUCGGCGAAACGUACCCUAGCUCGCUAGCACAGCAGCUCCCCGGCACGCACGGCUGCAUGGAGAACCGGCGCCGGCAGGCGACGCGGCGGCUGAGCUGCCUGAUCGGCCUCGCCGGCGACUACCUCAAAUACCUCUUCAUGAAGCACCGCCGGCUCCUGCACAAAGUGGCGCGGAGAACGCUGGCUCUCAUCCACCUCGACGGCAAGCGGAAGAACCCGUGGCCGCUGAUGGAGUACGAGUUCUCGUGCGCCGACAGCCCAAGCCCCGCGUUCCUCGAGGCGAAGAGGAUGCUGCGGUCACGCCUGAUGAAAGGUGGUGGCGCGGCCGCUGGCGCGGUGCCUUCCUGCUUCGGCUCCCUUCGAGCGACGCCGUGCGGUUCACCCGAUACGACGGCAGCGGAGACAGAAACUGCGGAAGAGGAGGUCGAGGCGGAGGACGAUGAAGAAGACCAGGUGGCCGAGGACGGGUGGGUGCAGUGCGGUGAGCUUCUUGACGUGGACGACAGGGCGGAGGAAUUCAUCAACAUGUUCUACGAGCAGCUCAGGGCGCAGAGCUUCUCCGCGGUUUUCCAGUGCUCGCCAUGACGAUGCGUAGAGUGAUCGUAAGUAUGAUAUCGCGAGAUCUGCGUUAUGUGGAUUGGAGGAACCUUCACUUCUCGAGUGAGUGAGUGUGACAAUAUAUGUUCCAUACUUGUCGCUGAGUUGCAAUGGAGUCUGUUGUGUAUAUGUACGCACGUAUG